UGUCCCCCUGUCCAUCCCCCACUGUCCCCUGAUGUCCCCCCGUGUCCCCCCGUGUCCCCAGGCUGGUGUCAUCGGUGCAGGCAGUGAUGGCCUCCACAGCCGGGUACAUCAUCUCCAGCUCCUGCCACCACGUCAUCGAUGAUCAGCACUGGCUGGCCGCGGCUUACCCGCCCUUCGCGGUGCCGUACUUCGUGUACGACGUGUACGCCAUGUACCUGUGCCACCUGCAGCGCGCCCAGGUGAAGGGACACGGGGACGCGCCCCUGGCCCCGCGCGCCGCCGCCGCCGCCUUCCUGCGCCAGGAGCUGCUGAUGGUGCUGCACCACGCCGCCAUGGUGCUGGUCUGCUUCCCCGUGGCCACCCUGUGGCGGCAGGGCAAGGGCGACUUCUUCCUGGGCUGUCUGCUGAUGGCCGAGCUGAGCACCCCCUUCGUGUGCCUGGGCAAGGUCCUCAUCCUGCUGCGGCGGCAGCACACGGCCCUGCACAAGCUCAACGGGCUGGCGCUGCUGGUGACGUUCCUGGGCUGCCGCGUGCUGCUGUUCCCGUACCUGUACUGGGCCUACGGGCGGCACCGGGGGCUGGCGCUGCUGCGCGUCCCCGCCGCGCUGCCCCCGGCCUACAACGCCGCCGCCGCCGCGCUGGCGGCCCCGCAGCUCUACUGGUUCGGCCUCAUCUGCCGCGGGGCCUGGCGGCUCUUCCGACCCACGGGGAGCCCACCCCGGCCACCCUGAGCCCAGCGGGGGCGCGCGGCCCGGAGAUGGGGGGCGGGUGGCCUGGGGGGGGGUCUAUGGGGCACCCCGGGGUGGUCUGGAUGGUCUUGGGGUGCCUGGGGGUAUCCUGAGGGGUCCUGGGGUCUCUAUGGGGCACCCCGGGGUGGCUCUGGGGUGUCCUGGGUCAUCUCUGGGGUGGUCUGGAUGGUCUUGGGGUGCCUGGGGGUAUCCUGAGGGGUCCUGGGGUGUCCAUGGGCCACCCUGGGGGAUCCUGGGGCACCGAUGGGGCACAUUGGGGUCUCUGUGGGGUGUCCUGGGUUGCCUGUGGGGCACCUGGAGGGGUCCUGGGGUCUCUAUGGGGCGCCCCGGGGUGUCUGUGGGGCAGCUUUGGGGUCUCUGUGGGUCCCCCUUCCCCUCCCCCAUUAAAGGAUUUCUGCGCACUUUUGGGGACUUGGCCUCAUUCUUGGGGGGGGAGGGGCGAGGGGACCACAAGUGACCCCUGAGUGACCCUGAGUGAGUAUCCCCCACUCCAGUCUCGGUCCCCUCCCCGAGACCCCCUUUCUUUUCUUCCUGUGUCCUCUCUGCCACCACUCCCUCUUUCUGCCUCUGGCCUGUGCCUGGGGGUUCUGGGGAGGGAUUUCUGGGACCUGCCCCCCUUUCUUUUUGCAGCAGAGCUCCUUUUUGGGAGGGGUCUAUACCUGGACAGAGUUCCAAUAAAGCAAGGUGCUGCUGUCCAGGGCA